CCGGGGCAACUGUCGCCCUCGCCCGCUGCGGGGGUACUUGGUUGUCCCGGAGCCUUCCAUCCUGUGGGCCCCACAGAAGGGUGUGAGCGGCCGCGGCCGCUUCCCCGCCUCCCGGCCAAGGCCCCGGACCACUGCACGGGCGGCGGAGCGAGAGGCCCUGCCCAGUUCGAAAGGAAGCUGCGCCCCGAGGCCGGGAGGCAAAAGGGGGAGAAAAGACCACCAACAUUCUGUUUUAGUAGUGGGGCAUCCUGACCCAGCUUGAACAUCCGUGUCUCAGGGGAGCAUCGCAAUCUGGUAUGCAGUAAUCUGACCAUUUGACUAAGGAUACUGUGGUUACUGACUUCAGAGAUGAUUCUUCACUUUUGGUCACAAGGAGCCAAUAUUGUUCCCAUGAUCCUCCAUGAAAGGAGUCACGUACUCACAAAAUGCGGUAUUUAUAACAAACAUGUAAAGUGCUUACAACAACGCCUGGCGCGUAAAAAGAGCUAUGUAACCGCUUAUUUUUAUUACUUAAUAUUACCGUCACCUGGGUUUCUUUUGGCACUUUGGAAUAUGAUGUGACUGGCACUUCUGGUACCCUCACUGGGUCCGACUUCCACUGACUCCAGAACAGGGCCUUCCCCGAGACCGCCUCUUUGGCCCCCGCUGUUCCUUUGUCUCGAUAUAGACAUACGUAGAGAUAAUCUUGUCCUCCUCUCAGAUUUCGCAGUUCCUCAUGACCUCCAACAAAUAGUCGGAGGAGCUGGAGAUGGUUAACCUGAGAGAGAGAAGAGCACGUGCAGCCUUUUCACAGGGCUGUUGGAAAGCUGAGGCAUCGGGCAGCCUUCGGAUCGAUGACUCUUCAGCCUUUUUGUAGCCACAGACGGCUUUGUGACACUGAUGCGGGCCCCUUCCUGGAAGAGGGCUUGAGCAUUUUCAGAGGUGUCCUAGACCUCGUGAAGCCCACCCAUGGCUGGGAAGGCUUUCCCUCACAGAGCCGUGCUCUGGAGCACAAAAUGAGGACGCCAAGUGGAGGAUAUUGAGGGGGCAGGGCAGCCAGUGCUGGUUCCCUAUAAGGAAGCUCUUCCUCAGAGCCCUGCUGCGUUGUACGGUCGCCCAGGGUGGUUUUUACGAUAGCGAUGGCCAGACUUGGCCCAGACCAAUUAGAAUCAGGAUCUCUGUGGGCAGGAUGUGGGCCUGAUGAUUCCAAGGUGCUGCCAACUUUGAGAACCAGUAAAUUAGAGCUCUUUGCCAUUGAACAGACUUUCUAAGUAGUGAGCACCUUGCCAGCAGAGAUACUUCAAGCACAGAACUUUUUUUUUCUUAUUGAUUUGAACAUUCUAACGAUACUUCAUGUCUCCUGAACAAUAUCUCUUUUCCUCUAUUACCUCACGCGUACAGUUAUCGUUUAAAUACGUGGCUUUGCUUUGGAAUCUGCUUUUUUCCUUCCGAACUGCAUACUUGUUAAGUCCUUUGGGUUGUGCGGCAUAAAUGUAUUUGUAAUUCAGAAGAGAACAGGACCGGGUCCGGAGCUUCCUUGGCCUGAGCCGUGCCUGAAGUGGAAUUUUACAAGAUGAAAGGACCGGGCCGGUUUGCACAGUCUGGCCCUUAAUCAUGCUUCUGUUUCUAAAGAGAAUAGCACUCCUGGUUUUCAGUCACUUCUUUUUCCCUUUUUUUCUCCCCCUUCAGAUUUCACUCAUUUCCUCUGAUGUCUCACUGGAAAAGAUAAGGAUGUCCAAAGAUAUCUGACCUUCCAUAGGAAGAAGAUGUUAAAAACCUUCAGCAACUAUCACGGUGAUGGAUCUCUGUCAGGAAAAUGCGGCUGAGUUAGAAAAUAGUGAAAACGAUGAGACUCAAAGCCCAGAAAAAACGGAAUUAACCUAUACUUGCCCAGAUGAAAGAAGCGAGAAGAAUCACGUUUGCUGUCUUCUCCACAUCAGCGACAUGACGCUUGAACAAGACGAAAAAGCCCGUGACUUCGUCAUCGGAACUGGAUGGGAAGAAGCCGUACAGGGCUGGGGAAGGACAUCUCCAACGGCCUGCAUCUGGUCCAGGAGGAAGCUUAAAAAGGCGAGGGUGAGAGAAAGUGCCAGCAGCUGCUUCCUCUGUGUCAGUCUCUCCCAAGGGAGUUCUGAGGCCGGGCCUCAGUCGGAGGUGGGGAAGUUGGGGUCCGUGGGUCUCGAGAAGGCUCAAGGCAGCCCCUCCCAGACUCAGGGGACCCGCCGAGGCCCCACCACUGCCUCCAGGGAGAUUAGCAAGAUCUGCUUUCCCACUUCCAGUCAGGGAGAGAAAAAAAGUCUGCAAAUAAAGGAGUUUAUUUGGUGCAAGGAAGACUGGGCCACCCCUGAGGCUAUUAGGGGCAAGGGCCCGGGCCAAGGUCCCUCCAUCUCAGACUCCUUGACUUCCAGGGCCCUUUUAGUCCUGCCUCCCCUGAAGGCUUCACCCCCAUACGGCUUGGAUGUUCUGGGUAAGAAGAGUAAGAACUUUUUCUUGCAGCCAGAAGAGAAGGUGCUGAGUGUGGAAAAGGAUGAGUGUGUGGCUUGUGCGUGUGGACUGAAAAGGGUUGACGGGAAAGGUGAAGAGAGACCUGUUGAGCUGGCCAAGCACCCUAAGGUCAAUGACACAUUGCCUUUCCCUCCCCGGGCGGCCCCCGCACCCCUGCUGGCGGAUCACGAGAGGGGCUGCCUGCACUGGUCCUUCCUGCCUGAGAAACACCUGGUGUGCCCUCCCAAUCCCGGCAACGCGCGCUGUCUGGCCACCGUGCAGCUUUUGCAGAAACAGGGGGCGCAAAACUACAAAGCCAAAUUCAAAGCCAGGGAGCCAAGACCUGCCGUGAACACCCAAAAGCUCGUUCUCACGGAGGCCAAGCAGGAAAACAGGCCCAAAACGUUGGAGACCAAAGUGUUCCCGAAAACUCUCUUGCCCUCCCUCACAGUGAGCAGAGUUGUUAUUCCUGUCUCCACUCACAGACUCCUCUGAGUUGCCACAAUAGAAUUCCCUGGGAAUGACCACUGUUUGAAGUUCAUUCAUCCUCUCCCUGUCUCUCUCUCCCGCCCCGUCCCAUCCUUCUUUUCUGCCGUACUCUUUCCUCCCACCCUCCCUUCCCCUGUCCUUUUUUUGGUAGUAGAACCAGGGGAAAUUGAACCUCACUGUAUGGGUUCUGAUUUAUUCUCAAAGCUCCCAUAUGUAUGUGUCACCUGCUUCUGCUGCCUAGCCACUUACAAAAUGCAAACGGAUAAUGCCAUUCUUGCCUCUGCCUGCCUCGUCUCUCUACUCCCCGCUGGAAGCCAUGCGGAUGGUGGGGACUCUGAAGGGCCAUCCCUCAGUGAUGCCCAUGUCAGCCCUGAGCCAACUGGCAGGGGCUCUCUCCUCCCCACCCCAAUGCCUUAAGCUUAGCGUAAGGGCUUGUUUAGACCAAAUUAUUUCCUGAUCUCUUGAACCAGGCAGAUAUCGAUUUGUUGCUUCAUUUUCUCUUGCAACAAAGAUCUGGAACAUUGCUUUAAUAGAUAACUCCAGCCUAUGUCCAAAUGAAUAUCCUUGUGUCCAAGGUGUCCUAACCUUAUAUCCAUGGAUAUACCAUAUCCACGACAUGCUGCAUGUGCCAGGGUUUCAUAUACUUAUAGCCUCAUGCUAGUCUCCACGUCUGGAAAAGUUUUAGCCACGUGAGGUCUAUAAAGUCCAUCUUGGGAAGCAGGUUAAGAAUAAUUUUUUUUUUGAAAUGUUGCUGUGAUUAUUAUUGCCACCCUUCAAGCUUCCUCCAGCCUUACCUUCGUCUAAUAUUUGGGAACUGUACAACUCCAGACAGACACGGAAUAGGGAUGUUACUUUCUCCCUUCCCCUGUCCUCCUUCCCUCAUUUUACCCCAAUGCAUAUUUUCCAAAGUUGUAUAUAAAUUAAACAUUUGUAAAUGAGUUAUAUUUUAAGUGCCAAGUGACCACGCUAUGUAGAGAAAUGCUCUGAAAAACCAUUUUGUAAUAUGAGUAACCACUUAGCUGCUCUGUAAUUACGUAGUUUGCAUUUGCUUAAGAUAGGUUGUACUUGGAACUCUGGACUUCCUGUCCCCCCACAUGAUGGGUAGACAGAACAUAUGACUGUGUUUGUAAACAUCUGCUUUGGUUUUUGUAAUGUCUCUAGUUUAGGUGUUUUUUUCUUUUUCUGUUUCGUGGUUUUUGCAGAACACUGGAAAUGCAGAAAUGGUUGUAGGACAGCGGUCAUUAAAAGGUGUAUUUUGCCUACA